CGCUUCGCUGGUGCCCCGCGGGCGUUCGCCGCGCUGGUGGUCGAGGCAUCCGGGCAAGGAUAGGGAGCAAUGCCGCCGGCCUUUCCAUGCCUCCGCGCCGGCGUGCUGGGGAGGCCUGGAGGAGCGGCGCUGCCGAUCACGACCGCGGCCGCCGCCGCGCGUGGACCACCACGGUCGGGAGUGUGGGCUGGGCCGAGAAGAUGGCCCACAAGCCCAUCUCGUGCCCAAAGCCCGCUACACUGGCACCUUGAAAUACCCCGCCUUGGCGCCCGAGCGUAACCGCCUCAACCAACCGCGCGCGCUUCUCCUCUUCUCCCCGUCGCCGGAGCGCCGCCGACAAGAAACCAAGAACCCACCAUCCCCGCCUCCUCCGCUCUCCAGCGAUCCAGCGCCGGCGGCGACCGAUGGACCAGUUCCACGACAGGCAGCACGUGCGGCUGCGGAGCCGCGUGCUCGGCACGUACCUCCACGCCGACCACGACGGGGAGCGCGUCUCCCUCAGCCGGCGCCGCGACUCGCUCAACGCGGCGUGGGUGGUGCACAUCCACCAACGCGGCGACGGCCCGUACCUGCUCCUCCACAGCGCCGCCUACGGCCGCUACCUCGGCACCACGUUCAAGCCGGCGGCGCUCGGCCACCACGGCUGCCGCACCGAGCAGCGCGACUACAACGACGAGCCGGACUUGAUGGCCGUCAUGUGGAAGGCCUCCGAGGCGGGCUUCGACAACGUCGUCCUGCUCCGCAACGUCGCCGGCCGCUACCUCCGCGCCAACGGCAGGUACCUCCCCUGGAACACCGGCGUCACCGUCGACAACAUAGGCAACAUCAGCGCCAUGAUGUACUGGACCGUCGAGGACAUCCCCGACAGAGAGGGCCCGCCAGGCCUCCCAGGCCCGAUCCACACCCCCAGCCCCGGAUACCACUCCCUCAUGCUCUGGCGCAACCCGGUGGUGUCACGGCUGAUCCGGUUCAUGCUGUCCGAUCCCCACGGCCCCAUCUACACCCAGCACUGCUGGACCACGCUGCGGUUCAGGGGGAGGUCCGUGUUCCACCUGAGGGACGAGCUGGCAAGGCGCAUCGCCUUCGUCCUGGACGAGCGUCAGUCCUUCGACCUCGUAAUGUGCGUCCGAGCGGGCCGCCGGGGGCGUCUGACCCCACUCGUCGUCGACCUGCCCAGCAGCGGCUACGGCGAGACCCUCUGGAUUGUCGUCUUCAUGUCCGGGACCCCAGCUUAUAACGCACUGCGGCACCCAGAUGUCGAUGCAGAGUAGAGAAAGAUCAGAGCAGGAGUGUCAGAACCUGAAGUGUUCACUCUGAAGAUGUAGUUGCUGUAUCGUUUCAGGCAAAUAACGAUUCAGUUAAC